CAGCUUUGUUGUAAUAUCACAAUGGAUCGUUGGUUACCAUUGGAAUAUCAUUAUUUUUCCCCAAAACCUUAGUAUGAGAGUGGGGAUAUCAGUGAAGACCACAAGCUCCAAACGACGACCAUCCAACGUGCCCAAAACACUUUCAGUGAUUCCACUGCCCCACUGCCCCACUGCCCCAAGCCUCUCCAACCAUGCCUAUAUAUGCUUGCCUUUUCUCUCUAAACUCCGUAUCUCUUCUUGCUCUUUACUUUUCCAAUAUAUUAGCUUGAAACACUUGAGAGACAGAGCUUUGAGGCGAACUGAAGAGAUGGCCAAAGAGAUGCAGAAGACUAGCAUGUUCAUUGAGAGAAACCCUGGGGAUUAUGAGAAUGGUGAUAUCUGCAAGAACUUGGAUGAUGAUGGUCGGCCGAAAAGAACCGGGACUUGGGUUACUGCAAGUGCUCAUAUUAUCACUGCUGUGAUUGGUUCUGGAGUACUAUCUCUUGCGUGGGCAAUUGCCCAGUUGGGUUGGGUGGUUGGACCAGCUGUCCUCAUGGCUUUCUCCUUCAUCACCUACUUCACCUCCACCCUCCUUGCUGAUUGCUAUAGAGCUCCUGAUCCUGUCCACGGAAAGCGAAACUACACCUACAUGGAUGUUGUUAGAGCUUACUUAGGAGGAAGAAAAGUCCAACUUUGUGGAUUGGCUCAAUAUGCAAAUCUUGUUGGAGUAACUGUUGGUUACACUAUCACCGCAUCCAUUAGCAUGGUGGCUGUCAAAAGGUCAAAUUGCUUCCACAAGCAUGGCCAUCACGUGAAGUGCCAAACAUCAAACAACCCUUUCAUGGUCAUCUUUGCUUGCAUCCAAAUCGUUCUCAGCCAAAUCCCAAAUUUUCACAACCUGUCAUGGCUAUCCAUUCUCGCAGCCAUCAUGUCUUUCGCUUAUUCUUCCAUUGGCCUUGGGCUCUCCAUAGCUAAAGUUGCAGGUGGUGAACCUGUAAGGACAACCUUAACUGGAGUGACAGUAGGGGUGGACGUGUCAGGAUCUGAAAAGAUUUGGAGGACAUUCCAAGCUAUUGGAGACAUUGCCUUUGCCUAUGCUUAUUCUACCGUCCUAGUUGAGAUUCAGGACACGAUCAAAUCGAGCCCACCAGAGAACAAAUCAAUGAAGAGAGCAACCACCCUAGGUGUCUCAACAACCACUUUAUUCUACGUACUUUGCGGCCUCGUAGGAUACGCAGCCUUCGGGAACGACGCACCGGGAAAUUUCCUCACCGGCUUCGGCUUCUACGAACCCUUUUGGUUGAUCGACUUCGCCAACAUCUGCAUUGCCAUCCAUCUUAUUGGUGCAUACCAGGUUUUUGCCCAACCCUUAUUCGGAUUCGUCGAAGGCUGGUGCGCCAGGCAAUGGCCUGAUAGCAAGUUCAUUACAAGAGAACACGCCGUUGACAUUCCAUGCUACGGUGUUUAUUACCUCAACUUGUUCAGGCUGGUGUGGAGGACAUCCUACGUUGUCGUGACAGCCGUGGUAGCCAUGAUUUUCCCAUUCUUCAACGAUUUCUUGGGUCUUAUCGGGGCGGGCUCGUUUUGGCCAUUAACAGUCUACUUCCCCAUAGAGAUGCACAUUGCUCAAACGAAUCUGCCCAAAUACUCUUUCAGGUGGACGUGGCUGAAAAUACUAAGCUGGGCUUGCUUGAUCGUGUCGCUCAUUGCUGCAGCCGGAUCGGUUCAGGGACUGAUUCAAAGCCUCAAGACAUAUAAGCCGUUUCAGACUCAGGAAUGAAGGCAUUAGGGAUCCUUUUGCCUACAGUGCUUUGAUUGUAUGUAAAAUAUAAGAAAUUGUGGACAACUGUAAUUUGUUUUCCCUUUGCUUUUGUUUUCCAAAUCAAAAUUCACUGCCUGUAUGUAUUUUGUGUUACCUUUCUGAAAGAGAAUGUUCAGAAAGUCGUGUUUUUACUAUAAAAAAACUUGUUAAACA